AUGUAUCAAAAUCCAACAGAAAAUUAUGAAAGACACGAAAAUUUUGGAAUCCAAAUAUCAUCGGAUACCACGACGACAAGAGACAAUAAUCAUCCAGUACCUUACUCUUUUGCAAAUGAUUCAUCUUACACUCCACAAUUUAUCGGUCAUAAUUCUAACGGCCAACAGAUUUUAGAACAAAACCCACCAACUAUCAUUCCCCCACAGAAUAAUCCUCCAAUUCAUUCACUUCAUAUGAAUAAUAUUAGCUCUUCCCAAAUAAAAACGAUUGAAAUUCUCGGUUAUGAAAUUAUUCUAAUACCCACAUCUUCUCCGUUGGCAAGUUUAAUUAAUCUAGACGUGCAAAAUCAACUUCAACAAUUCAAUACUUAUUCUCCUUAUUCGGUUAAUCCACCACAAUUAAAUCAAGAACAGGAUUAUACCUUUGCAACAAAUGGAUUCGAUACAACUUUGCAAUACCUUUCUCAACCGCCGCAGUCGAAUGCUAGCUCUCCUCAAAUACAAACGGUUGAAAUUCCCGGUUAUAAAAUAAUUAUAAUCCCCACAUCCUCUCCAUUAGCAAAUUCAACAAAUUUAAACAUGCAACAUCAAUUUUAA